AUGUUCAACGUUUUGAUCAUGGAGCAACUACUUAUGAUGCUCGUGCAUGGACAUGUUGAUAUCUGUAAUGCAUCACCUAAACUCACGGCUUUUCUUCAUGAAGACCCUGAAGGAGUCCGUCUUUUGGCGAAACUAGCCAAUAUAUCUCCUAACAAGACGAUGUCGAGUUCUUCAAGCUCAGCAUUGCCUAAUACAAAUGGUCCAACAGUGAACCAGUUGCAGAUUCCUAUUGAACAGCAAAAUCAACUCCAUCACAUUUGUACGAAUCAUUCUCCAACCAUUGCUACUGAUCCGUAUGAUCAAUGGUCUACAUCUAAUGAUCCUCCUUAUAACAACAUUGGAGCUCCAACCACUGCACCACCAGCUAGUACUCAAUGGUGUACACCUUAUCCAACCGUUGCAGCAGCUACUGAACAAUGGCCUACUACACAUAAUGAUCUUGCUGAAUAUCUUCUUGGAGGUCCAACCGUUGCAGCAGCAUCUACUGAUCCAUGGCCUACACUAGAUGAUCUUGCUUACAUCAGAGCUCAAACCGUUGCACAAGCAGUUACCACUACGCCAGUAUACCCUUCUACACUUGACUCUGGAUGCUAUAUUGGAGAUAACGGCCUAGAUUUCGAGGACAUAUAUACAGAUUUUCCAGGACUACAGCUAAUGCAACCAGAGAAACAGUUCCCGGAACUAAAUGGACAAUACCAACAGCAAUUGCAGCUGCAACGCAACUUCUCACCAGAAGCGCAGCAAUCACAGCAAUAUGGAGGAAGCAAUGGACAGCAAUAUGGAGGAGGCACCAGCAUUGACCAACAGCUAUAUCAUAACUUUGAUCCAAACCAAUCGAUGCAAAUGUAUACAAACGUUGACCAGCAACAACUGCAAGGAGUAAUGCUGCAUAAUCAUCCUGAGAUACAUGAGGUUGGACCAGACCAGUUUCAAGGAAAUUCACAGUAUCAAAGCUCUGAAACUGAUGCUUUGAGCAAUCUAGAUAGUGGCAACAGCAGCGACUAUGAGGUCUCUGAACGCAAGGAGGUAUAUAAGAAUGAAACAAAACAUUAG